AUUUUACACCUACCAAACGAAGCCUUAAAAAAAAAAAAUCCAGUUUUAAACGUGUCAACAAACAGUCAAAGGUUGGAAACACAACAAUUCCUCGUUGAUAUACUCCGUAUUGAUUAGUCGUUAUUCACCUCCCCUCGGCCCCUCCACCCACAAAUCCACUCCUCCCUCCAAUUUCCCCACUCUCCCCCCUCCCAUAUUUGUCUCCUCUCACUAUUUCAAAUCCCCGGCCGAACAUUUUCCAAGUUCAUCAUCAAAAAUAAAAAAUAAAAAAAUGUCGGAAAUCAACGGCAGCAAUUCAGAAUUCCCGUCAACAAGAAGCAUCAGCAGCCUAAUUUCCGAAGAAGAAGCUGUCCUUGUCACCUUAGAUCUGGUGUCCGCCACCAGACGCAACCUCAAGUUCCUCCGCUACGUCGCUGAUUCUGAUUGGCUCCACCACCCCUCCACUCUCAUCGAAGCCAUCCGCAGAUAUGAGGAACUCUGGAUGCCGUUGAUAUCUGAUCUAACGGUUGGGCCGAACCAACGACCACCUAUGAUUCUCCCUCCAUUCGAUAUUGAGUGGGUUUGGUACUGCCACACCCUUAACCCGGUACAUUAUAAAGAUUACUGCAAAACGAGGUUCUCAAAGGUGAUAGGAAGGGCGACACUUUUCGACGAGGAGAAUGAGGAGUAUGCUGUUAAUAGGUGCAGGGAAAUAUGGAAAAAGAGGUACCCGAAUGAGGCAUUUGAGAAUGAAGUGGAAUCUCAAGUGUGUUUGGAAGUAGAGAAAAAAAGUGCCGAUGAGGAAAUAUUGAUGGGUGAGAUGAGGAAGCAAAGAGGUGUAUAUGAGAAGUUAUUUAGGGAGCCUUAUAUGGGAGAAAUAGUGUACUUAGUUGCAGCGAAGAGGAGGUACAAGAAAUUCUUACAAUUGGUGGUAAUGCAACAAAAUGAUGGUGACAGUGAUGAGUGUUCAUGUGUAUUAGUCCCCACUGUUGAUAUCUUGCUCAUGUGGCUCACUCAUCAGAGCUAUCCAACGGUAUAUGCAGCUGACACCAAGCACAUGGAAGACGAGCUACUGCUGAGGGUUGUGGGCCCAUGGGAUCAUUCAGUGAAAGAAGAAGACAUACAGGAAACAAAAAAGCUUUGGGAAGCAACUUUUGAUCAGCCAUAUGAGAAAGCUGGGGGUAGGCUAGCCGCUGAUUUGCGAGGCGGUAUUGCUGUCCAAACCUCGGUUUACUGGGUGGUUUCAGACUCUGAUGUUAAUAUUAAAUACAAGUCAUUGCACCCAAGAUUCUUACUAGAGGUAUGUGUAUUUGUGAGGCUGAGGUCACAUAUGGAUGCAACACAAGCAGAGAAGACGCGCGAGUUCUUGCGCCUGCGUAUGUUUAAAUGUCACAAAGAACUUAAGUCUGACAAACCUGUUUGGAGAUUCACUCCAGAUUCAUGGCAAAAGGCAUGGCAUUUCUAUUCUGAGUUUGGAACCAAGGGAGUCAACCUUGAGCUUCGCCAUCCAGGAAACAUCUGUUUCAAGGGGACUGGUUUGCUGGACAAUGUCUCUUUUUCGUGGGUAGACUUACUUCGUGCACCUUCUCUUGCAUUUGGAAGUGAAGUUGAUCAGAAAAUAAGGGUUUUUACUUCAAUUACUCCUCCUGUUCAAGCACCAUACCUGUUGAAAUGUGUCCCUGACCGCGUGAGUGAUGAUUCUGGUGCUAUGGUCUCUGAUGUAAUGCUUAAGCUAAAUCAGUAUCGACCUCAGGAAGGGAGAUGGUUGUCUCGGACUGUUCUGGAUCAUGCAGGAAGAGAAUGCUUUGUGGUUCGUCUAAGAGUUGGUGGAGGAUUUUGGAGAAGAGGGGGUGAGCGCCCGGAGGUGGUGGAAUGGGAAGACCGGAUUAUUGAGAUACGAGAAGGUCCUUGGUCUUACGUGGCAGGCUCUACAAUCGGGAAAGCCCCUGAUAAAGUGGUGGGAACAGCAAAGCCUACAGAGGAAUCAAAUGAGAGAAAAUCUUGGUGUUUCUCAACUGGGGAUGAACUUACAGUGCAGUGGGAAGCAGCAGCUUCCACGGGAGCUCUAAGCCUUACGCUUAACACCCAAAAUCCCGACUCUUUGGUAAAGUUGUUUAAGGGCCGGAAAAUGCAGUAUGAAGUGAGUAAAGAAGAAAGAAAACUACGUAAAACAGAAAACGAAGUAGAAGAAAAUGGGUUUGUGACUGUUGUUAGGUUUUCAGAUGAGAACCCAAAUGGAAAAGCUACUGCUCUUAUCAACUGGAAGCUUUUGGCAGUGGAGUUAUCGCCUGAAGAAGACGCUGUUUUUGUGCUGUUACUAUGCUUGGCAAUACUGAGAAGUGUUUCAGAGAUGAGAAAGGAAGAUGUGGGAGGAUUGUUAGUAAGGAGAAGAUUGAAAGAGAUCAAGCUUGGUGAGAAAGAUUGGGGUUCUGUCAUACUCCAUCCCUCUAAUUCAUGCACUACCACUACAUCUUCUCUUUCUUCGCCGCAUCUUCAGCCUUGGUAUUGGAAUGCCAAGACUGUAUUAGGACAUGAUCCUCGCGCUGAGCACACGUUGAACCAACCAAGUUUUUCUGUGGCCGAAGGUGAUGAAAAAUUGUACAAGAGAGGUAUUAUUUCAUGAUUCAUGAUUCAUGAAAUGGUACUUGAUUUCAUUUUUGUUUGUGUUUAUGGCCUAUAAUGCUAUUGUGAAAAAAUGACGGUCCGGGAUCGAUCAAGAGCGAGGUUGUACAUAAGUCUUUGGAGUUUGGAUGUAUCAUUUGAGAAAACAAUUCUAAAAACGAGUCAAAGACUCAAAGCUAAAGGAUUAAGGAUGUAUUGGCUUUAUAUGGAAUAAGAGUUUGUGAAUCAAAAAGUGAAAUAUAUGUCAAAAUCUA